AAGAAGCAAGAGGGAGUAGAAGCCAGGGAGAGAAGGGAGGGAGGGGUGGUGUGAGGGAAAAGAGAAGCAGGUUCCCUAAUAAAUCCACCUCCGUCUCUCUUUCCUUCCCCCCCCACCCCUCCCCUCUUCUCCAGCCCAGGGUAGGGAAGAGAGGAGCCGGAGAGAGCAGAUGGAGGAGUGGAGUCCGCUGUAGGGCUGUGGAGCUUGGCUAGAGGAUGGAGGAGCCGCCAAGCGCCCGGCUGAUUGGAAGAAAAAAGCAGAGCGAUGGAGGCGGGGGUAGGAGGACGAUUUCUCUGCGGGGACUGGCGGCGGAGUCCACGCCCGGGUCGGGCGCUGCAGAGCUUGGCUAGCUUUCAACCAACGCUCCCCGGCACCAGCCCCACUCGCCCCCCACCCCCGGCCCUCCCGGCGGCUCCGCAGGGUGAAACGCCUUUCACUCCCGGGCUGGCUCAACAGGACAGAGGUGGAAGCUGGACAGGUGGACAAUGAACGGAGAAGCUGACUGCCCCACCGACCUGGAGAUGGCCGUACCCAAAGGCCAAGACCGCUGGUCCCAGGAAGAUAUGCUGACCUUGUUGGAAUGCAUGAAGAACAACCUACCUUCUAAUGACAGCUCCAAGUUCAAAACCACAGAGUCCCACAUGGACUGGGAGAAAGUUGCCUUUAAGGACUUCUCUGGGGAUAUGUGCAAACUCAAAUGGGUGGAGAUCUCCAAUGAGGUGAGGAAAUUCCGUACAUUGACAGAACUAAUUCUAGAUGCUCAGGAGCACGUCAAGAAUCCUUACAAAGGCAAAAAACUCAAGAAACAUCCAGACUUCCCCAAGAAGCCCCUGACCCCUUAUUUCCGCUUCUUUAUGGAGAAGCGGGCUAAGUAUGCAAAACUUCACCCAGAGAUGAGCAACCUGGAUCUGACAAAAAUCUUGUCUAAGAAGUACAAGGAGCUUCCUGAGAAGAAGAAGAUGAAGUACAUUCAGGAUUUCCAGAGAGAGAAACAGGAGUUUGAACGGAACCUGGCUCGGUUCAGGGAGGAUCACCCUGACCUAAUCCAGAAUGCCAAGAAGUCGGACGUGCCCGAGAAACCCAAAACCCCUCAGCAGCUGUGGUACACCCAUGAGAAGAAGGUUUAUCUGAAAGUUCGCCCUGAUGCCACUACGAAGGAGGUGAAGGACUCCCUGGGGAAGCAGUGGUCUCAGCUCUCGGACAAAAAGAGGCUGAAAUGGAUUCAUAAGGCCCUGGAGCAGCGGAAGGAGUAUGAGGAGAUCAUGAGAGACUACAUCCAGAAGCACCCGGAGCUCAACAUCAGUGAGGAAGGCAUCACCAAGUCCACCCUCACAAAGGCCGAGCGGCAGCUCAAGGACAAGUUCGAUGGACGACCCACCAAGCCGCCUCCGAAUAGUUACUCCCUCUACUGUGCGGAGCUCAUGGCCAACAUGAAGGACGUCCCAAGUACAGAAAGAAUGGUGCUUUGUAGUCAGCAGUGGAAGCUUCUUUCCCAGAAAGAAAAAGAUGCCUACCACAAGAAGUGUGACCAGAAAAAGAAAGAUUAUGAGAUUGAACUCCUGCGCUUUCUGGAGAGCCUGCCUGAGGAAGAACAGCAGCGUGUCCUGGGAGAGGAGAAGAUGUUGGGCAUCAAUAGGAAGCGAGCCACCAGCCCUGCCUCAAAGAAACCUUCUCCAGAUGGUAGCAAGGGUGGAUCCGAGAAGCCCAAGCGGCCCGUCUCCGCCAUGUUCAUCUUCUCAGAGGAAAAGCGACGCCAGCUGCAGGAGGAGCGGCCUGAGCUGUCAGAGAGCGAGCUGACCCGGCUCUUGGCACGCAUGUGGAAUGACCUGUCCGAGAAGAAGAAGGCCAAGUAUAAGGCGAGGGAGGCGGCCCUGAAGGCACAGUCCGAGAGGAAGCCGGGCACGGAGAGGGAGGAGCGGGGAAAGCUGCCCGAGUCGCCCAAGACUGCAGAGGAGAUCUGGCAGCAGAGCGUCAUCGGAGACUACCUGGCACGUUUCAAGAAUGACCGGGUGAAAGCCCUGAAGGCUAUGGAGGUAACCUGGAACAACAUGGAAAAGAAGGAAAAGCUGAUGUGGAUUAAGAAGGCAGCUGAGGACCAGAAGAGAUAUGAGAGAGAACUGAGUGAGAUGCGGGCUCCCCCAGCAGCUGCCAAUUCCUCCAAGAAGAUGAAGUUCCAGGGGGAGCCCAAAAAGCCCCCCAUGAAUGGUUACCAGAAGUUCUCCCAGGAACUGCUGUCCAAUGGGGAGCUGAACCACCUGCCCCUGAAAGAGAGAAUGGUGGAGAUUGGCAGCCGGUGGCAACGGAUUUCCCAGGGCCAGAAGGAACAUUACAAGAAACUGGCAGAGGAGCAACAAAAGCAAUACAAGGUGCACUUGGACCUCUGGGUCAAGAGUCUGUCCCCCCAGGACCGCGCUGCUUACAAAGAAUACAUUUCUAAUAAACGCAAGAGCAUGACCAAGCUUCGAGGCCCAAACCCCAAGUCUAAGCCCACCAUGCAGUCCAAGUCGGAGUCCGAGGACGACGACGAUGACGACGAGGAAGAGGAAGAGGACGAAGAGGAUGAUGAUGAUGAUGAAAAUGGGGACUCCUCCGAUGAGGGGGGCGACUCUUCCGAGUCUAGCAGUGAGGAUGAGAGCGAGGAUGGGGAUGAGAAUGAUGAUGAUGAAGAGGAUGACGAUGAAGAUGAGGACGAGGAUGAAGAUGAAGACAAUGAGUCAGAGGGGAGCAGCUCCAGCUCAUCCUCCUCGGGGGACUCUUCUGACUCCGACUCCAACUGAGCCCUGGGGGGAGGCCAGGCCUGCCUCUGUACCCCCAGGGGACUAGGAAAGCCUUUGGAGGGGCUGGGAGGGGGGCCCUGUGGGGUAGGAAGGGGUUGAAGGGAGAGUCCCCUCUGUGACUCCUUUUUUUUUUUUCACCCCCUCUAGUUCUGCUCCCACCCAACCCCAUUUUUUUUUUUAAAGCAAAAUGCAUGGGGGGGGUGAGGGUGGGGGGAGCCCAGGCUAGGACUCUGCAACCUUAGAGAGAUAUUAGUCCUGGGGGAGCCUCCGGGGGAAUGACCAUCAGACUGAGCCAGUGUCUACCCUUCCUUCCUCCUCAACCCUACUCCCAGGAUCUCUUCACAGUCCCCCUUUGUCCCCCCCCCCCCUCCAGCUGCCCACCCUGGACCAUGGGUCUCACUGCACUUACAGCUCCUAGCAUGGACAUUGGAAUGGGGCUGGAGGGAAGGAGGGGUGCACAGGGGUUGGAAUGGGUUUUCAGGGGGGUGGAGAGGCUUUGAAGGGUGGAGUGUGGCCCUUCUCCCCACUUUCUCCAUUUGGGGGAGGGAGUUCUGAAGCUGUGCCCUACGCUCAUUCUCCCGCCCCCUGUGUGACUGGUUGCCUUGACCACUGCGUUGGAACUGGGGGUAUGGGGACAUUUGCAGGGGGUCCUUUAAGAAGAUGGGGGUGGUCCUGAGUCCUCCUGCCCUGGCUAACCCUUGCAGGAAGGAGCUCCCCCUGCCCCUCAGGGCAGCAGUCUUUUUUAUAUAUGUGUAUAUAAUUUUUUUUAAGCUCUGAGCUGUCAACGAGAUGUUUCCUACCGA